AUGCCAGACGGGUUCCCGAUGGCGCACCGCGGGUACAUCAUCCGGGGCUGGGCGCCGCAGGUGCUCAUCUUGAACCACCCUGCCGUUGGUAGUUACAUGACGCACUGCGGGUGGAACUCCACGCUGGAGGCUGUGAGCGCCGGCGUGCCGAUGGUGACGUGGCCGCGGUACGCCGACCAGUUUCACAACGAGAAGCUCGUCGUGGAGGUGCUUGAGGUGGGCGUCGGCGUCGGUGCGGAGGACUACGCAACAUGGAUGGAGACCCACCGACUUAUCGGCAGCGAGGUGAUCGCCGAAUCCAUCAGGAAAGUGAUGAAAAAGGAGACGAUGUGGAAGAAGGCUGAGGAGCUCGGCGCCAAGGCGAGGGCCGCCGUGGAGAAGGGCGGGUCGUCCUACGAUGAUGUAGGGCAGCUCAUGGAAGAGUUGAUGGCCCGCCGGUGCUCUGGACGUACGGCUCGUGGACAAUUGUGA